CCAAAAGCCAAAUCGCACGGCGCAAAACCUCCAGGUGUUAAUGACGCCCCACAGGCCACACUCCCUCGCUUCUAUUUGAGCAUUUUGAGCAUUGUUCACGCUUCUUCUCUCACUCAUUUCCGCCACUACCAUCCGCAUUGCCUCUCGCGUGUUCGAACUUAACUAUUGCCUUAGCCUUCACCAUGGCCUCCGAUGAUCUCUCGAACCUCGCCAACAGCAACGAUGACGACGAGAAGUAUGGGUUUACUCGACCGGAGAUGUACAAGGAAAGUCUCGCUGGCACCGUCGGCGCAUACGACCGCCAUGUGUUCCUCUGUUACAAGAGCCCCGAGGCCUGGCCCUCGCGCGUCGAGGGCUCCGACUCCGAUCUGCUCCCCAGGCUCUUCUCCUCGGCUAUCAAAGGCCGCAAAGAUAGCAUACCUCUCAAGACGAACCUGACAAUAUUCGAGGGACGCGAGGGGACCUUCUCCGACGGAGACGUGUUGAUUUUCCCCGAAAUGAUCAAGUACAGGGGUUUGAAGGACUCAGAAGUGGAUAGCUUUGUGGAGGAUGUUCUUGUGAAUGGUAAGCCAUGGGCUUCGGGAGUGGAAGAGGUGUUGACUGGAUCGCAUGUUUUUGUGUGCUCUCAUGGUAGUCGAGAUCGGAGGUGUGGUGUUUGUGGACCGGUUCUAAUUGAAAAGCUUAAAGAGGAGAUUGAGUCACGGGAAUGGAAAGAUCAGGUAUUUGUUAGCCCAUGCUCACACAUUGGGGGGCACAAGUAUGCUGGGAAUGUGAUUAUCUACAGUCCAGGUCCCGAUGGAAAGAUAAUGGGUCAUUGGUAUGGCUAUGUUACUCCUGAUGAUGUCCCUGCAUUGCUUGAUCAGCAUAUUGGAAAGGGAGAGAUCAUAGAACACCUUUGGAGGGGGCAAUUGGGGGCCACUGCUGAGGAAGGUGGAAAGGCGGAUAAACAGAAGCUUCCUAAUGGGGAUGUGAAGAAAAUCAAGAAGAAGCCUGAAGAAAGCAGCACUAAGAGCAAGAAGGAUGAUGGGGCUGGCUGUUGCCAGGGUGCUAAUGGGUUUAGUUGUUGCAGAGAUGGAAGUUUGGAGCAGAACGGUGUGGGUGAAGAAAAGAAGCUGAAAGAAACGGUAUCAGGGCAUGAAAAGAAGGGGCUGGGUAAACUUUCUUUCUGGAUAGGAUCAUUGGAGCAAAGUGAAGUUCUCACAGCCGUUGCUGUGGUUAGUGCAGUGGCAGCAGUUGCUGUGGCCUAUAGCUUUUAUAGGAGGUCAGGCUGAAAUGUGCUAAUAUUACGCACAUGUUCAAGUUCGUUUGUGGAUCUAUAUACCCUGUUUUGUUUUUGUACAGGGAUGUGAUAGCUUCCAUAAAAUAAUCAUCUGAACCUCGUAUGUCUAUGGAAGGAAUAUUAUAGGUAUAUGUAACUUCUUCUAAGCAGGUGGGGAAUCACCGUGUACUUUUGCUGAUUUCAGAGAACAAUUUCUAUUCACUCCUUUUUAAAAAAUAAAAAUAAAAAAUUACUGGAGUUUGUUAUUA